AUGCCAAGCACCACACCAAGACAGGCCAAGCACCACACCAAGACACGCCAAGCACCACACCAAGACACGCCAAGCAGCACACCUAGACACGCCAAGCAGCACACCAAGACAGGCCAAGCACCAUACCAAGACAGGCCAAGCACCACAUCAAAGCAGGACAAACACCACACCAAGACAUACCAAGCACCACACCAAAGCAGGACAAACACCACACCAAGACAUUCCAAGCACCACACCAAGACAGGCCAAGCACCACACCAAGACAGAACAAACACCACACCAAGACAGGCCAAGCACCACACCAAGACAGGCCAAGCACCACACCAAAACAUGCCAAGCACCACACCAAGACAUACCAAGCACCACAUCAAGAUAUACCAAGCACCACAUCAAGACACGCCAAGCACCACACCAAGAUAG